GAUGACGAGGAGGGGCGCUAUUCCAACCAGGAAAAAAAAAAAAAGAAAAAACACCACCAGGAACGAUGAAUUGCCCAAUUUGAGUGUCAGUAUUCAACACUUUGAGGGAUCUUUGCCCCCACCCUGGAGAAAACGUUUGGACAAAGUGCGCUUCCUAGUGAUGAAGUUCCUCCCGUCAUUUCGUGCUUUUUUUUCCGCUGCAAUUCCAGGGAUGGCUAGUCAAGCUAACGUAGCUCGCUAACUGGUUAGCUCGUCCAUUUAGCCAUUCCCACUCCCCCAUAACUUAACCCGUUGUAUUAUUAUUAUUAUUAUUAUUUUUAAAGCGGUGAUGUUAUCUUCUUCAAUGUGCAAGUCGAAUGUUUGACGCUGGGAGCUCGUCGACGUGUGCUUGCGGUAGAUGGACGGGCUGACGGGAGGCGUUUGCUACCACUGCGCGGGCGUAAAGUGUCGGCGUCGGGGCGGCUAGGCUCGCGGGUGGGCUUCGACAAAUGUGGCAGGGUCAGCCAGCAGUGUCCCGCUGUCUCCGGGACACGAGUGAUUAAUAAAAAAAAAAGGCUUUUGUGUGUGUGUGUGUGUGUGUGUGUGUGUGUAGUUAAGCUUUCACGACUGAGCAACGGCGCGGGGAAUGAUUAAAAAGGUGUUGGCACACUGGGAAUCAGAUUUUUUUUAACCCCUCCACGUUAGCUAGCCUGUUGUAUUUUCUUUUUCUUCUACCAAAGAAAAUGGUCUUUUCCAUCUUCUAAAACGUCGCCUUUUUACCACUUAUCUUCGGGCAAGUCUUUUUUUCGUGUAAACCGCUAAUUUGCAUACGAGUUUUAAGCUGUCAAAUAUUUGUCACCGGCAACGAGCAAAGAAAGUAGCGUGAUCCCAUUCGGCUGAACGGGAUUCCAUUGACUUGAGCUCGGAAAACCUUUUCCGAGUCCCCCUUCGUCCGUCAGACAGGGUUUUUCUGGCUCAUGCGGUGAUGACUCUUGACUCCAUGAUGGCCUGUUGCCUGAGUGAAGAGGCGAAGGAGUCAAAACGGAUUAACUCUGAGAUCGAGAAGCAACUGCGGCGGGACAAACGGGACGCCAGGAGGGAGCUAAAGCUGCUUCUGCUGGGUACUGGCGAGAGUGGCAAGAGCACUUUUAUCAAGCAGAUGCGAAUCAUCCACGGGUCAGGCUACACAGAUGAGGACAAGAAGGGGUUCACCAAACUGGUCUAUCAGAACAUCUUCACGUCCAUGCAGUCCAUGAUCCGUGCCACUGAGACCCUCAAGAUCCCAUACAAGUUCGAACAGAACAAAAACAACGCACAGCUGGUGCGCGAGGUGGAUGUGGAGAUGGUGACAUCGUUCGAUCAGCCGUACAUCGGCGCCAUCAAGAUGCUGUGGGCUGACCCUGGCAUCCAGGAGGCCUACGACCGCAGGAGAGAGUACCAGCUCUCAGACUCCACCAAAUACUAUCUUAGCGAUCUGGAUCGUAUCGCUGAAUCUUCCUAUCUACCCACCCAACAGGAUGUGCUUAGGGUUCGAAUCCCAACCACUGGGAUCAUAGAAUACCCUUUCGACUUGCAAAGCAUCAUUUUCAGGAUGGUGGAUGUGGGCGGCCAGCGGUCGGAGAGAAGGAAGUGGAUCCACUGUUUUGAGAAUGUCACCUCUAUCAUGUUUCUGGUGGCACUCAGCGAGUACGACCAGGUGCUGGUGGAGUCGGACAACGAGAACCGCAUGGAGGAGAGUAAAGCCCUGUUCAGGACCAUCAUCACAUAUCCUUGGUUUCAAAACUCCUCUGUCAUCCUCUUCCUCAACAAGAGAGACCUGCUGGAGGAGAAGAUCAUGUACUCUCACUUGGUGGACUACUUCCCGGAGUUUGACGGCCCUCAGCGUGACCCGCUGGCAGGCCGCGAGUUCAUCCUGAAGAUGUUUGUGGACUUGAACCCAGACAGCGACAAGAUCAUCUACUCGCACUUCACGUGCGCCACCGACACGGAGAACAUCCGCUUCGUCUUUGCCGCCGUCAAAGACACCAUCCUGCAGCUCAACCUCAAAGAGUACAACCUGGUGUGAAGCAUUAUGUGACACGAAGAGAAAGAGAGGGCGAGAGCAAGCCCCCCCACACCCACAAACACACACACACACAUUGUAUUAUUUACUUCUAGAAACACACAUUUGCAUGGAACACAGUCAUCAGCUUCGCUCCACGCUUGCUAUCUCUUUUUUCGAGGCUCUUGUUGCCCAUCACAGUAUACACUCAUCACGUGAGCCUCUUUAUGGGGGAAUUCGUGGUUGAACCUACUAUACUAUCAACAGUGCUUGUGUGUCGCAGGGUGGCCCAUGUCGAAAACUUUACGGUUUGAAGGGCUCUCUCCCCUCCUGUGUACGCCAUGCAUGCUGUACACGACAACAGUGUGCUCACCUUAAGGAAUAUAAUAUCUUCUGUUGUUAAAAGAACACUCUCCCAAUUCAGAGUCCACAUGCUCUGUUGAAUGUAAAUAGUUUUGCUUCCACACAGAUAGACGACUUAUCUACUUUUUACCUACUUUGGAGUAACGGUGGCUACACUCAAAGGAUUGUAACCUACCAUACACACUGUCCCCGUUGUUUUAAAGUGAGCUCCGAUUGAAAUAACAAAUACAUUUCAUUUUACAACUACUGACCCCUCCUUCUGAAAUAGAGUGGUAUAUAUUUAUAAUUUACUCCUAUAAGUUUAAAAAAUACAUUUUCAGACCAUAAUUUGAUACACUGUCGCUGCCGUGUUUUUGCGUGUGCAAAGCAUUCUGGGAAUGAUGACGUAGAAUGGCUGUUGUAAAAUUGUUACGUUGCUGCUCUCUGCGGAGCUAAGCUAGUCACAUGCAAACAACUUAUCGUCAGCGAAAAGAGUUAAAAAUACCAUGCUGUGCCACGUUUGGAUGCAAUUUCCAAUCAGGACGCAAUGCAAAAAAGGAGGUAAGGAUUAUUAGCUUUCCCAAAGAGAGAAAGUUGAGGAAACGGUGGGAGGAUGCGGUCGGAAGAGUUGAGCUGCCGAAAGAGCCGCGGCUGUGUUCUCGUCACUUGAACCCAGAUUCUUUUUUUUUUUUUUUUUUAAUUCUUUCUUCACGAGGAGCCUAAACGGCCACGUGUGACAAGCGAAAGCCGAGCAAAACGAUGCGAAAAACAGGAGGUGCCAGCCACGUACCUUGAUCAGCCCACUUUCGCUGUAGCUACAAAUACACCAGUGAAUAUGACCAACUCGAGUUUCUUCAUUUCCCUGAUCACACUCUGGCUUGACCUGAAAUGGCUGACCAGCGUUCAUCGCUGCCAGGGGCUGCUACUGCGGCUACUGCUAAAAACUCCGGCCGUCGAGCACAUCCCCAUUUGACGUCACUACCCAGAAUGCACUGCGACGAAAAGACAAUGGUGGCCUCUGUUGAAAUUACAAUUUGUAAAAAUAUAUAAAUCUGGAAACGAUUAUCAAAAGUUUGAUUUUAUUGUUAUGUUACUCAAGUCGAAAGAGAUCAUAUAUACCAAACAUGUCAUUGCAACCGGAGUUCACUUUAAUACCCCUUUAAGAAGACAGCACUACCACUACAUUUACUGCAAAUCACUCCACUCUUGCAUUGCCAAUUUGACACCACAUUUCCAUUUUAUUGUUAUUUUUUUUUUGUAAAUAGAAAUAUGUUGCCAGUAUUCCUUUAGUACAGGAGUGGGAUCCGGUCUGCCAUGCAAUUCUCUGGCCCUCAAGGCGUGUGGAAUUAUUGAUUGUAUACAUUUCUGUAAGUAGGAGUUUCCUAUUACUCAAGUGUGAGGGUUUCGGAGGUUUAGUUAAAUUCUGAUCUUGUGGAGUUGAAUUAUUACCUUUUAUGCCAAGUCCUCCACCCGCACACAAACUCAAAUUCAAUUUAUCCUCGUCCAUCCAUCUUGCGCUCUCUGCAAAGCAAAUCUCACGGAAAACUACCAAACAAAAAUGUCACAAAAAGUGUAUGUACCGAAAUUAUCUUGUCUCAAUUUGCUUACAAAGUACUUGAUGUGAUAUAUGGGCGUUUAGUGAAACACAAAAGACAAUAUUCAGCUGUAUAAGUGCAAAAUGUUCUGCCAUCUAGUGGUAAAUCAUUAAAUUAUUCUGCCUGUCACUAUAUGUCGCUGGCAUAAACAGAACGAUACAUUAUUUGUAGAAUAUAAAUACUGUCAUCAUUUUUGUGCAAUUGGAUAAUUUUCCAGUGGCACAGUGGUUGGGAAUCACUGGUCUAGUCCGUGGUUAAAAUAUGAGUAAUCGGAUAAACUCUAGGAGGAGUUAGUUGAAGUACCCCCUGGAAAUGUGCAAAAUAACCUUAAAAUGGCCGCUUUAAAGCAAACUUACUAUUUUUUUGUGGCUCACAACCUCUACCCAACUGCUUAGGUAUUAGGUUGUUUAUUAUAUAUAUAUUUUUUUUAAAGACUCGUCAUGAUAAACAUGCCUACCAAAUAUGCAUUUUCACCAGGACGAAAACUAAAUUGGGUGAAUUUUUAAGAUGGACAACCCCUAAUUUGGCAAUUUGUUUGAACUGUUGGUGAAGAAACCAAGAAACUUCAAGUUGAGCUUUUCCCCCCUCAUCCUCAUAAAACCUCAGCGGAACUGUAAUGAAAUCAAUUGUUUUAUUUAUUAAUGUAUCAAAUUGUACUUUAAUGAUUAAAUAUACAAUGGCCAAUUGAGGACUUUGUAACAACUGACAGGGAAGGGCUUCCCCUUUAGUGGUUGCGAUCCAAAACUACAGUGAACCCCCUUAUAUUUGCGUUAGUUGCUGAAAAACUCGCCUUGUCGCUGUCACCUAUUCCCUCUUUUUGUGCUCAGACCAUAACCAUGUCUAAUCUACAAAUCUAAUAGUUGGUGGCAUCUUGGGGCCGUAGAACUCUGAGGUGAGGGGAGGAGCUUCAUUUAGUAUGGCUAUAGUCUAUUCUAAUUGGGAAAACAGCACUUUGAUGCCAUCUUUUGGCGUCUUAUGCAGUUACAAACCUUUUUGGAUAGACGUCACCGACUCGUUUUGUCUCUAUCCUCCACAAAUAGUUGGGGGGUUCACUGUACUGCCGAAUGGUUUAUGGCGUGACAAUCCACUCUAACUUGUGAUUGGCUUUCUGUUUCUUCUGAAGGUGGAAGCUAUAUCCCUGUGUACACCAUUUCAUUACAGUCAUUAGUAGUAGUACUAGUAGUAGCAGUAAUAGUCGUGCUGCCAGUUCGCUUCUCAUUGAACUGCAUUGCUUCAGUUUUUGUUUUUCUGUGAUCAACUGGCACAUUUGAUUAACUACUCUGAAGUAGUUCAUUUAUUUAGUUGUGUUUUUCCUCUGUAAGAUCAGUGAGAUCUCCUUGAGCUCAAAUGAGGAGACUGGCUUUUAUACUGCUGUAAAAUAUACAAGCUAUUUUAACGCAGACGUGUUUUAUCUUUCGACGUUUAUCCGUCUGUUUUUGAAAAUGCUUGACGGUGGAAUGGCAGCAUUGUCAACAUUUUCGGGUUCCCGCUUUAUGCUAAAAUCUGAAAAUGACACAAAAAAAUGAAAAUCAAAAACAUCUAGUCAUUUAAUAUUUACUGUUGGAGCAUUCUUGAAUUUUUGUAAUUUGAACGCAGGAUAUGUUGACAGUUGGUACCAAUCCCAUAGCGUGUCUCUUGAUGUUAUACCCUUUCUCUAGAGCAAAUAUUUUUAUGCUCAAGCAGGCGCAUCAUUUAUCGGUAAAGGGCUUUUGAAUCUUUGUAGUGUGUUCCUGCUCUGGUUCUGUGUACAGUAUAUGGCAGUGACGUAUUUUAAUGGGAGGGGGUCGGGAGGAAGCACCUUUCAAAUUUGGCUUUUGAGUUGAUCCGGUUGAGGAAGCCCUGCUCUUAUAGCGCUUCAUUUCACAAUGUAAUUCAGGUCAGUUGUCAUCACAAGGGCUACUACAAGCAACUUUGGUUGGUAACAGUGCUAUGUGGUUGAUGUGGGGUGUGGGGGGGGGGGCAUCUAAACCACAGAUGCCUAUAUGUGACAUUCCCUGGUGGCUUUUUGUUUUCUUCACAUUUUGCCUUUUUACAAGACAAAAAGGAGCAUAUCUCCUCUUUUCCCUCUCAAUCUUCACUUGUCCGCUUCUCUGACAUUUCCACACAGUCAUGGUUGUUGCUGCUAAAGGCUUCUCCCACUAUUGAAGGUCCCAGUUUGUCUUAAUAAUGUAGGCGUCCUCAUAUUAAAGUCAGAAGCAAGCCGAGGUGUCCGUCUUUUUGUAUAGUGUUUCCACCACCUUUAGUGUUUCCACCACCUUUAUUAAGCCAAGGCGCAUACGUAUUUUACAUUAGGUAAAAUUCCACCCAAGCAAAAUUUCACAAAAUGUAUAAACUGGAAUAAUUAUUGUGUGAUGAUAGAAGAGCAUUUAAUUGUUCUGCCUGUCACUAUACUUUGCUGGCAUUGAUACGUAAUCGGCGAUGCAUUAUUUCUAGUAAAUAAUUUUUCCACUGUUCAAGUAAAAUUGGAUAAUUUCCUGGGGUGCAUGUUAUAAGCUUUCACAAAAUGCUUAUGUGCAAAGGUAUUGGGAAUCAUAAUUCUAGAGUACGUCAAAAUCUCCCCCAAAUGAAAAUGGUAAAUACAGUAUUUGCUGUUGUCCUAGACAAAUAAAUGUCUCGCUCAAAUGUGAAAAGAGUAAUAGUUGUGAAAAGUGUCAUUUAUUAGGGGUGUAACGGUAUGCCCAAAAAUCAUGUUUUGUUACAAUAAAUGGACAAAAUGCAAAAAAAUAAAAUAAUUAAAAUUUUAAUAACUGAAACCGAUUUAAUAUGAAACAAAAAAAUCCAUAACAUACUUUAGUAUGUUAAAUAUAAAUAAAAUGUCCAUUCCAUCCAUGCAUCCAUUUUCUACACUGCUUAACUUCACUAGGGUUGCAGGUAUGCUGGCGCCUAUCCCAGCUACACCCUAACUGGUCGCCAGCCAAUCGCAGGGCACACAUAAACAACCAUUCGCACUCACAUUCAUACCUACGGACAAUUUAGAGUUUUCAAUUAACCUACCAUGCAUGUUUUGGGGAUCCGGAGUAGCCGGAAAAAACCCAUGCAGACACGGGGAGAACAUGCAAACUCCACACAGCCGAUGCCCGAUUUGAACCUGGGUCCUCAGAACUGUGAGGUCGAUGUGCUAACCAGUCGGCCACCGUGCCGCCUCCAAUAAAAUGUAAACAAUAAAAUAAUUUCCCCCACAGGGAUAAAGUUUUCUGAAUCUAAACAACAGCUUAAAUAUAUUCUUUGUAGGAAAUGUCCACAUAAAUAGAAUGAAACAACAUCAAUGCGAAAUGAUAGCACUAAAUUCUCCAUUGAAAGGUUCUUAGGAUAAUACAAUAAAGUGUCUUUUUAGGAAAUACACAAUGCCAAAAAGUGACACAGUAGCAGUGAUUUAUUACAUUUGUCAUGGCAUUUGUUCUUGCUUUGGUUCCAUCUCAAGAGCCUGUGGGAGACCGUUUAAAAGAAGCGGAAAGUUGUUUGUACCGCGUUAGGUUUUCUUUUUCAUGCCAAUAUUCAUGCUCCUGUGAUGCUGUUCCAAAUAAGUUAACAAAUUGGACGCACUGCCAACAGCAUCUUGUUAGCCAGAGGCUGAGCUGCGCUGUGUUUGUUUACAGAGGAGACUAUACACUCCCUGUCCCUUAGAUAAUAUGUUCCGUACGGGUGUACUUCUGUACCAUACACAAUGUACUUGUAAAUAGGAAUACACCGUACUGUUACACCCCUAGUAGUUAUUCCAGUUCAUAGACACUUUUGCUCACACAUUCAACAAAUCCAGCUGUUACUAACCAAAACAGCAACACCCUCCAAGUCACUCAACCUCAUAGAUGAAUUGAAAGUGGGGAGUUGGAGAGAUUUCAGGGACAGUGCCAAGCAAAAAUAAAGCAAUGUACAUUACUAGUAUUUUCAAUUCAACUUUGAUUUGUCCCAUUGAAGCAUGUUUAUUAUGCCUUUGUAAAAAAAAUUCAAUAAAUCAAAUUCAUUGAGAUGUGAAGGUGUUGAAAUGGCCAUCAAAUUCUUGAAAUGAAUGAGACUUCUGCCCCCCACCAUCCCAUCCGCUCUUCAUCGGACUGUGUCGUCUCCAUGGAUUAGAGCACUUAAGGACUUGAUACUGUCCUGCCGCCCCAAAAAGGCUUUUGCUUUCGCUGCCUUCUGAUUAUUAACAGUCACAUCCAGCUCCGAUCGUUUUUGUAAGGCGGACAAGCUUUUCCACGUGUAUAUUUUACGACCACUUAAGAUUUUUUUGUUUUUCAAUAACUUUGUGUAGUGGUGUACAAAUUGAAAGUAA